AUGAACUUCAAUCCAAGAGAUAUAGAGCAGCUUAUACCCACGGUGUUCCCAACUUUGAUCAAUAAUGGGAAAUAUCAAUUGAAUUGCAAGAUAAAUCCUUCAUCAACUGAACUAGAUUCGAAUUAUCUACCAUUAAUUUCACAAAAUUUAUCACAUUUCUAUAUAGAAAUCAACGGGAAUGAUUGGGCAUCGGCAAAACUACAAGAAAUGCAAGAGAAAGGCCUCAUCUAUGUCUCAUACCACGUAAGGUCUAAUGUCACUGAAGCUGAUUCUGGAAACCUUUCCAUCGUUGGGUUCAUAUCAUUUGUGGACACUUUAGAUCAUGAAGGUCGCGUCUUGUACUUAUAUGAAAUCCAUAUUCAUCCUGAUCAUCAAGGUGAAGGUGUUGGAAGGGUGUUGAUUAAUGGGUUUCAUGAAUUGGCUAAACAGUUGCCAAAGAGAGAUGGUGAGCAAAUUGAUGGAUACGUUCAAGAAAGAGGUCAGGUUUUAAAAGGAACAAAAUUGACUGUGUUUAGUGCUAAUGAUGUUCUCAAUUGGUACUUUAAACUGGGCUAUCAAUUGAGUGAGGAUAGUCCUCGUGAUAGAAAGUUAAGGAAUGGAAGAGUUAUCCAGCCUGACUAUUACCUUUUGUAUAGAGAGAUUUUAAAUUGA